CUUUUUCCUGUCCUUGGUAGGAGCAUCAGGAUCUUCGCUGUCAGGAUAAACACAUGGCUAAACUGAGCAAGGAGACCAAACAGCGGCUGCAGCAGCUGUUCCAGUGCAGCCAGUUUGUUAUCCGAUGGGGCUUCAUUCCAACCGUGCUUUACCUCGGUUUUAAACGCGGGGCGGAUCCAGGCAUGCCUGAACCUACACUACUGAGUUUGCUCUGGGGUUGAGGAACGUCUUCGCUCGGCCAAUCCCCUCCUUUCAUCCAGACCAUGUGACGUGUUUUUGAAAGACCAGGAAAUGGAUACCAUCGCUCUACUUCCUCUCUUUGAAUCUUACUGCAUAAUGUCUGACAGCAAUGUAGCAAAAGUUUCAGAGUGCAGAGAGUAGUGUUGCUCUGGCCUUUCAUGUCUCUAAAGAUAAACGAUUGUCUUAGUGUAUUCCUGAUGUUUUAUGUUUUGCUUUGAUUCUCGUUUGCUUUUUUUAUUUGUCAUUUAAAAGUUCAAACAAUAAAAUGAAUGGAAUGUC